CCACCCCCACCCUCCGCUUCCCUCAGAGUCGCCGGCUUGGGGCCCCUUUCACGGCUGGGCCCACCCGCACUGAGACGCCUUAGCCUACUCUGUGUUCUUCACCUUUUUCUCGUCUUUCCACACCUCAAGGAAGCCACCCCGCCCUUUCCCAGGUCUAGCCCUGCCGACAAAAUGGCCAGCACAGACCAACCCACUCAGCCCACUUGGAGAUGUUUACGUCUCCGAAGAGCCUUCACGCCCCUAACCAAGUGAGACGGGAAGGCGGAGCCUGACAUUGUCACGUGACUGCUCCCGCCCAUCGGGUAAGCGGACCGCACUACUUCUCCACUUGGCGUCGGCGGAGGAAUACGAAACGAAAUAGCUCGCCGGAAGUGCCGUACUAUUGCCCCCGGGAGGCCGGCCAGGGCCGCUGGGUGACCCGGCCUGUCAAAUCCACCCACCUGAGAAUCCCUCAGCGGGAUCUUGCCCGCGGAGAAUGGUACCUAGAGCCCACAAACCGCCGCCUGGGCGCGUGCUGCGAAAGGAAGUCCUCCCGUGAUGACCAAUCAGCAGCAAGAAGCCGUUUUAACGUCCCUCCCUCUUUCACCCCCUGCCCUUUCGUUUCGUUCUCCCCCCACCUCGGCGUUGCGUCUGCGCUGUGCGGCCCUUCCCGGACGCCGUCCGCCUCGCGCCCAGCUGGAAGUCCGGCAGCGACCUGCCUCCGUGACAUGGCCGGCUCAGAGGCUGAGUGGAUAACUAUUGCCAAUAACCUUCUUUUGAAAUGUCAUAUACACCUGAGGAUACGAGAACUAGAAGAUUGUGAUGCUAAUGUUUUUAUUGCUCUUUACCAAUCUAUUUUGGGAGAAAAGGUACCAGACCUCAUAGCUAUUCCUAGGAGUCAAGAGGAUGAAGCUCACAAUGUACAAGCGGUAAUUGAUUCACUGGCCUUGGAUUACCUGCAAGUCAGCUUGUCUCACAUAACAGGAGAAAAUAUAGUGAAAGGAGAUAGUGAAUCUAUUAAGAAUCUGCUAGAAAUAUUUGAUGGAUUGCUGGAGUAUCUUACAGAAAAUAUCAGUGAGACAUCUCUUGAGAAAAGUGAAACUGGACAGAGUUUUAAAGAAUCCCAUCUAAGAGAACCUUUGGAAGAGCCAGACAGUACUAAGGAAUCCAAGUCAUCAUGGAAAAAGGUUUCUUUUGGGAGGUGCUCCUUGUCAUCAGAAGCUUUGGGCCCCUCUUGGGAUGGAGAUGAAACAGAAUCCACCGGUGAAAUAAUUCGACUUGGAGAUACCGCACACACUUUUUCUCUAAGAAGUAAUGGUGCCGAUGGCCCCAGUGAAAUGCAGUCCAAAAAAGCCUUAACCAUGUCACGUGAAGAAAUGCACCCUCCCUCAUCUAGUUUUUUGUCCAAGAGCAGGACAUCCUUUACUGAAGACAUGGAAAUUCCUUCUGUGGAUGUGAUUCCAAGUGCUAGGAAGCUCGGGGAGCCUAUUCGAUCAGCUAUUCCUUUGCAUCCACCCUACCACCCUUCAGAGCCUAGAGCACCCUGUCCCAUAGGAAAAGAAUACUUGCGUUCAAGUCACAUCUCCCCUGCCAUGAAUUCUACUGGAGAGAGCACAGCAUUUUCUGUGUCACAGAGAGAGAGAGAGAGAGAGGCAGAGACACAGGCAGAGGGAGAAGCAGGCUCCAUGCACCGGGAGCCCGACGUGGGAUUCGAUCCCGGGUCUCCAGGAUCACGCCCUGGGCCAAAGGAAUCAGAUAAUAGAGUUGUCUUAACUUCUAAGUCACCUGAAGAUAGCAAACAGGAAAUUUGUUCAGCUCAGAUCCAAGGCCCUCGGACAAGGAAGCUUCCCAAAGGAAAAAGAUAUGACAGCAGACCUACAGUCUCAUCCUGGGAUUCAACCUUCUCCCAGAGGCCAGGAAAGAGGUUAACAGAACAAGAGUUAUAUGCAGUUUCUGAGAAACUCUCUCAACGGCUCUCUGAACUAGAUUGGAUGUUAAAAAGUGCCCUGGGUGAUCGAAUUAAAGAAAAGACUGACUAUAAAGAAGAUGAUAUUGGAAAUGAAGAGAUGGAGAGUGGGAAGGAUGAGACACUGUCUCAGCACAGUGACAGCAUCAUGGAGUGUGGGUCAAAGAAGCGAAGACCAGGAAUUCCCACGCGUAGAACACCACCCUGCAGAUCUCAUUCACUCUCUCCUUCUCCAGUUAACAAAAACACACAAUUCCAUAUGGAGAAAAAACGGCAGCGAAAGCCAAAAGAAACAGAUAUCCGCCAAUUCCAAGCAAAGGCAAUAACCGAAGCAUUUGAAAGGGAACUAAGAAGAAAUAAAGUUCAGGAGAAUAUUGGAUCUCUAGGAAUAAAUGAGGAGAAGGAAACAGAAAAAAUAUACAGAGAAGCUGUUCAUAAAGGAACUCCAAAACACAGUCAGCCCUGGAAGACUUACUCCAGAAAAACCACAACUCCAAGUCCAAGAGGUGGCUUGCCAAAGCCAAAUAAAGCAGUUCCAAUGAAAGUGAAUGAACACAGUCUCCUGCCCCUUAUGCUGGAGCAGUUUCCAUUUCUCUAUGUUUCUGGCCAAACACUAAGCAAAAUGUGGAAAGAGCAAAUUACACAGAUUGAACAGCUCAGAAAAGAUGCAUAUAGAGAAAAUAGAUCAAAGAAGAAACUCCAGGAUGAAAUAGAAGCAGCCUUAAAAAGGCAUGACCUCCUUACUGCACUUGUCAAGAAAGAAUAUGAACACAACAAGAGAUUGCAAGACUUCAAGGACCGCAUUCAUAAGCAAAAGCUGACACAGUCAAAGAUAAAAGAAAAUAGGCAGCAGAUUGUCCGUGCCCGGAAAUACUACGAUGAUUACAGAGUUCAGUUGCGUGCAAAAAUGAUGAGAAUGAGGACACGGGAAGAAAUGAUAUUUAAGAAAUUGUUUGAAGAAGGUUUACAGAUUCAGAAGCAGAGAUUACGAGACUUAAGAAACUAUGCCAAAGAAAAGCGAGCUGAACAAAAGAGACAGCACCAGAAUGAACUGGACUCAAUGGAGAACUACUAUAAAGACCAGUUUUCAUUGCUGGCAGAAGCCAUAUCACAAGAACGCCAGGAACUCAAAGCCAGAGAGAAAUCCCAGGCCCAGACAUUGUAUAAGGUGAAGAGGGAGCUGAGAUUGAAGAUGGAGAAGGAAAUUCAGCAGCUGCAGCACAUGAUAACCCAGAAUGAUGACGAUGCUUUCUUCCGGGAAUUGGAAGCUGAGCGCUUCAGAUCUCGGCUUCAUAUGGCUUCUUUUCAGUACAGUAAAAAUCCUUUCCCAUAAGGCCAGAUUUUAUAAGUGAAGUUUCUGAGAGGACUUUACUAGGCUAGAGCUAGAACUGAGCCAGUAAAUAAUCUAAACCAGGAGACUCCUUUCUAAAUGCCUUACUUAUAUAUUAAUUCCAAUACUUUAUGAAAUUUUUAAAAUAAAAAUCAUUUUCUUAAAGUA